UGUUCAGAGGGAAUAAAAAUAAUAUUGAAAAUUUAGGGUUUCAUCACGCAGUGCCAGGCUAUAAAAGGAGCAUUGCUUUUAACCAAACCCUAACCCCUCGCGAGAAGGCGGCAGAAGCAGAGAGCGUCAAGUUUUUCACCGGCUCCCAACAGAUGACUUUCAAGCGUAGGAAUGGUGGUCGCAACAAACAUGGCCGUGGCCAUGUCAAGUUCAUCCGCUGCUCUAACUGCGGCAAAUGCUGUCCUAAGGAUAAGUCGAUCAAAAGAUUUCUUGUGAGGAACAUCGUGGAGCAAGCUGCUGUCAGGGAUGUCCAGGAAGCCUGCGUCUAUGACUCGUACACUCUACCUAAGCUGUAUGUGAAGAUGCAAUACUGUGUUUCAUGUGCGAUUCACUCCCACGUUGUGAGGGUUCGAUCCCGCACUGACCGGAGGAACCGUGACCCACCUCAACGCUUCAUCAGACGCAGGGAAGAUAUGCCAAAGCCUGGUCAGCCUGGUCAAGCUCCUCGUCCAGGCGUUGUCGUUCCACCGCGUGCUUAAGGCCCUUGAAAUUUCAAGAUGAAUAUCUAUUUCCAAUAUUAUGCUUUGAUAUGGGCUUAUUUGGUUUUUGAGAAGUUGAAUUUGGUUGGAAGGUUUUGAUUAAUCAAGUUAAAGUUUCAUCU